GAUCAACCAGGACUACACAUCGGACUGGAGUCAAAAUGAGGCUGUCUGCUGUGCUCCUGUUCUGUGCUGCAUCUCUGACUCUGGCUGGGGGCGUCAGUGUGCGGUCCCUGCUCUUCAGCUCUGAAUCUGCCUCAAACUUCGUGACUGUUCAGCCCCAGAAGCCUCUGGACUUGAGCGCGUUUACAUUGUGUCUGCGUCUCGCCACAGAACUGAAGACGGAGCAGAGAGAGAUCAUUCUGUUUGCCUACAGGACCAAGUACUACGACGAGCUCAACCUGUGGAGGGAGCUGGACGGGAGAAUCGGCCUGUACCUGAGCGGAGAUGGCGUGUUCUUCCAGAUGCCUCCACUGGGCUCCCUGCAGACGCACCUGUGCAUUACUUGGGAUUCUCUCACUGGAGCUACAUCGGUUUUCAUGGACGGCAAGAAAAGUCUGACUAAAAUCUACCAGAAACGACACAAUGUUCGCAGCGGAGGUCAAAUCAUCAUCGGCCAGGACCCAGACGAGUACCUUGGAGGAUUUGAUGCCAAUCAAAGUUUUGUGGGUGAAAUAUCAGACAUUAACUUGUGGAGCAAUGUGCUUCCAGACACUGUUAUAAAGGCAAUGGCCGACAAUGGCAACACAGUCCAAACUGGAGAUGUUAUAGACUGGAGUGUGGCUAAUUUAGAGGUUACUGGACAGGUUAAUGUUGUCAAUAGAGAUAUGUAAUGCUAUGCUAAUGC